CGCACGCCCCCGGCCCGGCCCUUCCUGCCGCCAUCUUGCGGAGCCCAGGAGGCCCGGCGGCGCCCGGCCCGCUCCGGCCGCGGGGAGGCGGCGGCGCAGUGUGGAAUAGCUCGUAAUUAACAUUCUCAUUUGCAAAUGCAAUGGAAGAGGGCAAGGCUGCAGAGGAGCAGGGUAUCCUACGGCUGAACGUGCGAGGAUGUUUGUACACCGCCAGGCGCCAGUCUCUGUGCCGCUUUAAGGAUUCAAUGCUAGCUUCUAUGUUUAGUGGACGCUUUCCUCUAAAAAUGGAUGAAUCUGGAGCCUGUCUGAUUGAUCGAGAUGGAAGCUUGUUUAAAUAUCUUUUGGAUUAUCUUCAUGGAGAAGUUCGGAUUCCUGAAGACAAACAGAUUCGAAUUGCAUUGCAGGAGGAAGCAGAUUAUUUUGGUAUCCCUUAUCCAUACAGUCUGUCUGACCAUUUGGCCAAUGAAAUGGAGACAUAUUCUUUAAGGUCAAAUGUAGAGCUUAAGAAGGCUUUGUUAGAUUUCUGCGAUUCUUAUGAUUUAGUCUGCACCAAGCCUACAGUUUGGGUCCUGCACUAUCUCAGCACUUCUGGGGCAAGCUGCGAAAGUAAAAUUAUUGGUGUGUAUGCCACAAGAGCUGAUGGGACUGAUGCAAUUAAUAAGGAGCUAGGAAUGAAAAUUCAUAGUAAAAGCAUCUACAAAAGAGAAGCUGGAAAUAAUGUCCAAUACAUCUGGAGCUAUUACUCAGAAGCUGAACUGAAAAAGAUGAUGGAUGCUUUCGGCACCUGGGAAGGAAGAGGUGUCAGCUACUGGAGAGUGCCCCAGGAGCUCAUUGAAUGCUGGACUCUUGAAGAGCGCUCUUUGAAAAACAGUUUGCACCAUAUGCCUCCAGUUCAUAAAAGACGCUUAAUUGAUUUCUCUGAAGUGGAAGACUAUAUACCAUGCAAAGUGGGUCCCAAGCCAAUUAGAUUCUCAGGUCCCUCAACAAGUACACAUAUCAAAGUCAAGAAUUCUGCUUCAUUAAAGGUAGCUGCUUGCAGUGCUUCGCAUUCUGCAGUAACUCUUAAACGACCAAAUAAUGAAAGUUUGAUACUGCACAAAGCAGCUUCUAAAACUGUGUCCACAACAUGCACGCCAGAGCCCAGCAAUUCCCAGGUGCCCCAUGGAAAGCAGAGUGCUGAUGAUGAAGCAUCGUGUCAAAUGACUUUCAAGAUCUCGGUGUCUAGAAAGCCUGUAAGCAACCGUGUAGUAAAGCUGAAGCGAACUCCACUUUUUCUUGUGACACCAUCUCAGUCAUCAUCUGAGUCCAGUAAAACAAGUGAACAGGACAAAGCUGCUGCUGAAAUUCCUACUACUACUACGGUACUAAACAAGAAAGAAUCGGCUGUGUUAGCAGAGAGUAUUAAGCUUAAGAGUAGUACAGUGGAUGGAUAAUGCUGGACUGCCUGACAGGCUGUGCAGCUUGGGAACACCUUGCCUAAGAAGAGCUCAUCAUCUCGUGUUGUCAUUUAUUCAAGGAUUUGGUAAAAAAUCAUGGUGAAAAAGUUAGUGAAGAGCACAGGGAGAAAUGAAUUGUAUUUGCUGAUUUUAUUUCUAAAUAUUUUUUAGAAGUUGGGAGGAAGAAACAUGGCUUAAAAAAACCUCAAACACACAGCAUGUUUAAUAUUAUGGUAUCUCAUUUAUAUUUGCAUCAGGCUGUACAACUGACCUCUUUAAAGGAAUAUGUGCACAGCAUAAAACACAACAUGCUUAUCAAAUUUAAUUACAGUUAAUUCCCUUAAUCCAUAUAUUUCAAGUAGGGGAAAAAUAGAAACAAUGAGUACCAGUUAUUAGAUUCAAGUUUGUCACAAGUGUGCAAUAUACUGAGUACUGUAAAGAUUUUUUUUUUUUUAAGUUGAAUGCACAAUUACUGGUACUUUUGGUGAAGAUAAGUUGCUGUUUUAUUAUUAAUAGCAAUUAAAGGGACCAUCUUUACUCAUACACAGAAAAUUGAUAAAUGCAGGGAAGGAAGAACAUGGCUAGGGAGUAGUAAGGCAGUUUUUCCUUAGACCUGAGACAUACGCACAGUAAUUUCCUACUGGGGUGCCACAUGCCGCUAGAGCAAGGCUGCUGCAGGCAGUGGUGCAGCUUUAGUAUUCUAUAUUACACUGCUGCAGGAAUUCUUGUCCUCGCUUAUAUUAGGGUUCAUUUUGAGCAACGACACUGAAAAGUUGCUGUAUCUAUCAGCAAAGGAAAGCAGAAUUUGGCUCACCUUUUAAAAAAUCCUUUUGGUUGUUUAAACCAAUGCUGUUUAAGUUUCCCACAUUUGGCUUCAUUUUGUGCAAUUGUUUGCUUAUGAUUGGGUACUGUUUUGCCAUUGCUAAUGCUUUUGUAAAUAAGUAAAUACAGUAAACACAGUAAAUACAGCUGGCCUUUAAUGCUGAGAAGUCCUAUCACACUGCCAAAGUGAAAUGUUCUUAAAAUUUGGUUAAGUCUUUUAUUUUCUAGGUUAUUUAGAAGAAAUCACGUUUUUAGGCUUUUUAUCAUAACCAGAAGGACUUGAAAUUUCAUUUGCAAAGUAAAAAAGAGAAACAACAAAUUUUCAUGUGCUAACAUACUCUUUAAGGAGACAUUUUGCCAUGAAUGAUAGUUACUGUAAAGGUGAGCAAUAUUGUAAUUUUGUGCUAUUCACACAUAUACUGAAGACCAGUCUGCCUUUAAAAUCUUUCAACUACUGCAAUAAGCCUAAAAAGCCACAAUGCCGAGGCUCUCCGUACCCCACAGAAGAGAUUCACUUAAGACCAGAAAAACUUAAGGGACAUACUAACAAUGUAAUUUGUUCUUUGAGCAUGCAAUUCAUCAUUGACAGUAUGUAUACCAAACAGUCUGUUUGAAAAGCAGUUUUUAAAUAACUAUCUUCUGUGUGACUUUUAUUUCAGUACUUACCGAAUAGCUGAGCCCUUUACUGUAUACCUUUAGGUCCUUUUACAAUGCUUCCUCUUCAACUUUUGAUGAAUUUGUAGGCUUCUCUCAACAUCAUACAAAAGCUCACGAGUAUGGAUUCUUGCAGGUGUACAAGAGUAAGACUAAUUCUGUUGGACUUCCUAAGCCUAUGCUAGUUCAGGGUUUGUUUAAUCAUUCUGGUAGUACAGUAUUUUUCAUGUAACAUUCAUAUCAUUUGCAUUCUAGUGGCUUUAAUGAGUCUCAUCUUUGUCCUAGACAUACUGACUUGUGGUUUAAAAAAAAAAAAAAAAUCACUCCCUUUAAUUUCAGCAGAUAAAAUAGUGAAUGAAAGUGGCUGUGGUGGGGAGGUAGAGCAAAUUUUUUAUUUUUUUAGAGACUUGAUUUUUUGAUUGGAUGAGAUACAAACAUGGCUUUUUAAGUAAGCACUUUUGUCUUUUUUUAUCAUUAUUUUUAAUCUCUGUUAAGCUUGCUAACUGUUUGUUGUAAUGGAUGGACUGAUGUUAAACAGCUUUAUAACCGCUGAACCUUCAAGGUGACUAUAAAAGCUUUGUCUAUAUCCACCCAAAGCCUUUUAAAGAGUAAAAUUAAACAGCAUUUAAUCUUCUCUCUGAGAGGCAGAGAGCUGAAAACAAACUUGCCCAUCCAACAAUUAGUCAUCUCUUAACCUGGCUAACAGACUGUUUUUUGAGGCCUGGAACAAAGAGGAGAAACUCUGCAAGUCUGAGAGUUCCCUGCAGGUCAAACUUUCCUCAAAUCUGUAUGAUCCCAAGUUUCUUCCAAGUCCACAGUUUUCUUAAUGUUUGUCCAACUCAGAGAGUUAUCAGCUGGUACAGUCAACUGAAGUGAUGAUGGCUUGCUUCACAUCUUUGUACAAUUGCCACUCAUUAUAGAAGAGACCAUAUUUAGAAAGAUUAUUCAACCUAUUAAUUUAAUAGCUGCACUCUAAAGGGUGACAUGGAUUACACUAGUGAACUUUGAUGCUUUUCUCUUUCCUGUCACAGUCAAUUUUCCAGCUGUUUAGUCCUCACUUUCACACUAUUGUUUUUCCAAACCAGCCAUGAUAUGGCAUCAUGUAGAAAAAUACAAUUCCAAAUUAAUUUCUAGAAAAUUACUUCUCCAUGAUUAAACCUGUGAUGCAAAAUGCCUAUUAUCACCAGAAUGUGUUUCAAAUAGAUGUAAUGCUAUCUGUAUGCUUCAGAGUAUGGAGAACUUGUACUUGAUGUAACCAAGCAGCCAUUAUUUCAUCUGUUAGGGGCACAUGUUAACACUGAUUCUCAGGGAGAGUUUUCAUCAGGCUUGUUUUCAGCUGAAGAGCCAUGGAAACACAACACAAUUAAAUGAGCUUCUGUGCACUAGGUAUUAAUUCAGAGAAGCUUCCCUAUGAAAUACAGCUCAAGUUACUUGCAAAUAAAACAACUGAUGAUUCUCUCAAGACA